CAGCAGUACAAGGCGCAGGUUGCCGCUUCCCCGGUACAUGCGUUCGGUGUGAAGCGGGGGCCGUUUGCGCUCCUGCUCGCCCUCCUGCUGCUCUUGCCGAGAUCGACGGCCACGGGCUGCGAGGGGGCCCCCAAGAUGGUCGUGGACCCCGAUCUGGGGCCCGGCACGGAGGGCGUCUACUUCUACAACGCUGCCGGGGGAUUGGAGGCGCCGGGCUCCCUGGUCUUCUUCAACGAGCACGCCCAAAUCCUGGACUGCGUCAACGCCUCCAGCUUCCUGGUGCUGAUCGACGGCCUGAACAGGCACCCCGUCUUCGACCACGCCUUCGUGGACAACGGCAGCGUGGUGGCGGCGUCCAUGAGGGUGACGCAGAACGGGCCCCUGACGCACAACAACAACUGGAGGUGGAUCUUUCUGGACACGCAAUUCCGGCGCGCGGAGGGCCUGCCCGACCUCAAGUUCAUCGGCUUUGAGCGCGGGGACGCGUCCUCCGACUUCGGCGCCGACGCCAAAGUGUGGCCCAAGGACCUGCUGCUGCUGCGCAACUCGCGCCACGCGGUGAUGCUCAUGUCGCAGAAGCGCAGGGUGGAAGUGGCCGCCUGCGUGCCGAACGCCACGCUGGCCGUCGUCGACCUCGUGGAGGUCGGGCUGAGGGCCGUGGACAGGAUCAGCCUUGAGCCCGUUGCGGAGGUGAGCGGCUUUGACCUCUUCACGACAGCCGGUGACGACUGGUGCCAGUACAUGUCGGCCGAGCGCAGGGCGGCCUUGGGCGCAUCCAGGCUGCAGAGCUUCCGGCUGAAUGACGUGUCAGCCAUCCGCGAGGUGGAUGGGGCGCACUGGGGCGACGGCCUGGCCGGCAACCGCACGUUCCUUGUGGCCCACCAACUCACGCAGACAAUCGACCUGCUGCUGUGGGACUUCCAGGCGGGGGAGUCGCCAAGGGUGGUGUGGCGCUUUCCGGGCGUAGGCGCCCCCAGUGCGAUUCGCGACCAGUGGGCCGGGAAUUGGGAAUUGGAAUUCGAUCCGCUGGGCGGGUUCUCCGGGCCAAUUGACGUCCGAACUGAAAACGCGAUUCCCUUGCACUUCAUAGUCUACGACGACGGGCGCUCUCACUCGUUCGACGGGGGAGAUGGUCAGUCAUGCCCCAUGAGCCGUGUUGCGGAGUACCACAUCGAUUUAGAUGUCAAUGGUCCGGGAUCCCACAGGGCGGAUUUGGCUUUCAGCCAUCCAGCCGUGAGGAAUUAUCCACCAAUCGUGGAGCGGGGACAGCGCGGCGGGGACAUCGCGACCGGGGUGCAGGACUUGGGGGAAUCGUGCGCGGAGUUUUGGGAGCAUUUCACCUUCCAGACGUCCUCUGCGUCCUUGACGAGAACAAAAAAUGGAACGACGGUCAUCACCCAGCAUGGUGAUGGGCGAGUGCUGCACGGGGACGGCCAAAUGCCUCACACCCAAGUGAUGGUUGAGGUGGACGCCCUUGGGAAGGUUGUGGCGACAUGGAACGCUACUGUUUCUGACGACCUUUCUCCAGGGUUGACAGGGCGGGUCCAAUACAUGGAUUCGGGAUCGUUCAUUGACGGCGCACGGCCCCAGCGUACGCCCUCAGCGGUCGACGUUUUACGAACAAGCGGAGCCACUGCCUUGGAAAAGCGGAUGACCGCUUUGGUAGCAGCUUUAGGCCUGCUGUUGCUUGCCCUUUAG